GAGAAAGAAAAGUUAAAAGCUGCAGGUGUUGAUGAGAGAGAACGCCAAAGAGUAUUCAAGACAUGGCACAGUUGGCAGAUCAGUAUCGGGAAGCAAGAAUGACCAAUGCGGCAAACUUAAUCAAGAUUCAAGGCCAGGGAUUUCAAUCUUCAACAUUAAGCGUUCCUGGAAACUUAAAGACAAUCCAGGUGAGAAUAGACAUCAAAACACAAACAAACCUUUUGUUCCAAAAUCAGACAGACGUUGUUACAAAUGCAACCGAGUGGGUCAUAUUGCUUCGGAGUGCAGACCAAAACCAAAGGUUGGCAUGGUUACUACCCAGGAAUCACCGGACACACAGGAAACUUCACCAGUAGAGGCUGAAUUUCCAGCGCAGGUAUCUUUUGUAAAUACAAUACCUACAGACACUGGUAUUAAUACAUUUGUACUCGAUUCUCCGACAACAGUGUCUCCAUCAUGCUAUCUUCAGCAGCAGCACAAUAUGCCAUUGUCAGCAGGAUAUGUUGAGGGUAAGCCCGUUACAGUACUGCGAGACACAGGAUGCAGUGGCAUAGUUGUACGGACAAGUACAUUUGAAGCAUGGUGUAUGGAGAAGCCAGUUUACGACCUCAUCAUUGGUAAUGUGGAGAAAGUGAGACCACCUGGAAAUCCAGAUCCGCAAUGGUCAGAGGCUCAUGCUGUUGAAACUCGAAGACAAGCCAAAGCAAAGCUCAAACCGUAUCAUCAACUCAGAGUUCCGGAAAUUUUAAAAGAGAACAUCACUCCACAGGAUAAUAAAGUAGAACAGCAAACAUUUGACCCCUUACAGAAAGUACGUCAUGUGUCAAAUUCAGGCAAAGAAGAGGACUAUAAGAUUGAUGUGAAAGGUAAAUCAAAAACGUUUCAUGUAAAUAUGGUGAACAAGUAUAGUGACAGAAAUGCUGAUCCCCCGAAUGUAAACCAAGAUGAUGAAGCUACAGUCAGCUCUGCUGUGAUUGACCGCCCUGAAGAUGAAGAGGUCGAAGAAUAUGGAUUACCAAGUGUCGGGGACAAGGAGGAGUUAUCGAGUAUGGACAUCAACCAAGAGCUGGGCCCUAAAGAUAGGCAGAAGAUCGUAGCAAUUUUUUCUUCUGACGGAUGCUUCUGAGAGAGGAAUUGGUGCAGUCCUGAUGCAGUUUGACGAUGAAAGCGGAUUGAAACUUGCGGUAGCAAAUGCCAGCAUGAAAAUGAAGGAUAGUGAGUUCAGAUAUUCCACAAUCGAGAAGGAAUGCUUAGCAAUUGUUUGGACGGUCAACAAAUUUCAACUGUAUCUCUAUGGUCGUGAAUUUCUAAUUGAAACCGAUCAUCAGUCGUUGAUGUAUUUGAACAGGGCUAAGGUGAUCAACGCUAGAAUCAUGAGAUUGGCACUUGGUCUUCAAUCAUAUAGAUACCGAGUCAUUGCAAUUAAAGGCAAGGAUAAUCAGGGUGCAGAUUAUUUUAGGAGACAAUGAAUGUGUGUUAUUUUGUGUACCUAUGAACUGUUGGUUUUAAGUGUUCGUAAAUGUAUGUUCGGAAGUAUAAGUAUACUUCUUGUAAAGGGGGAGGUAUUGUUACAUUUACGAUGCUGUUUUAAUUUGUCUUCUAUUUUUAGUUAUCCUGUACUGGACCUCUUAUUCUAUUACCCUUUCUGGUACCCCUCGAUACCUGUAUAUAUCCACCUGAGUUUAGGUUUUUGGGUCUCUUUGGACCGGGUAAAAUCACCUGCACGUUCUUCCUGAUAUUAUCAGUUUCGUUAGUUCAAUCCUCUAAUUUUGUAAUACAGACACGGCUUCUGAGGUGAGUAAACCAAUUUACUUAUUCAAUUCUCUUUCUAUUUGUUAAUUAUAUGGUCCUGGGAUAACUUUGUUGUUUCAAUGUGUUUUAUUUGUAAUUUGUAUUGUUUGAAUGUCCCUUUCGUAAGUUAUUCGUUUGUUAUGUUCGCUAUAUAGUUCAUUAUUUCAUUAGUUAUCUAUUGUCGUGAGUAGAGUAUAUUCAUAGGGCUGCCGUAAUUUGAGUAGUAAUGUGUAUGUCGUGUUUAGUGACUCUAACAGUGUAAUUGGCAAGUAAAUGUCGUUACAGUAUUUUAAGUUACGUGUAAAGUAAUUUGGUUUAUCAUUAUGUAUCGUGAAAUGCAAGUAAAUGUAAUGCAGCGCUGCCACGUGUACCACGUUGUCUCACUGUUAUGUACGGUGGGUCAUGUGAGUCAUUACUUGUAUGGAACUUUAUGUGUAUGUGUAACUUAAUGUGUAUGUUCUGUGUACGCAGGUCCCGAAUAUCGAACACUGAGUAGUGUUGUGUACAGGAAUGGAGUAACCUGUGAAGUUCAGUGUACCAGUGUCCUGACGACGACUAUCAGCCCAUGAAUUUGUUUCAAAUUGCGUGUAAUAUAAAUUGUGAAAACGUUACUUUUGGUGUUUUAUUUUAUAAAUUCUGGAGGUGUUUUGAAGCCUGUCGGCCAGCC